AUGAAUGAUAACGAACAAGAUAACUCAACAAAUUCAUUAACACAUAAAUUACCAGCAACAGUUUCAAAUGAAAUCAAUUCAUCUAUGUUGUCUGUUGAUAUUAAUGAACAACAAAUCGAUGUAAAUAAUGAUUCUAAAGAGAAUGAAACUCAAGAUCAAAUUGAAGAAAACAAUGAUGAUGAAUUUAUUCGUGUAACAGCAGCACAUCAAAUACUUAAUGAAGCUCAAACAAAUGAUCAACAAAAAAAUUAUCCAUUAGCACUUCAACUUUAUCGUAUAUGUGUUGAUCUUCUUCUUGAAGAAUUAAUGUUUUCUGAAGGUACAGAACAAUCUCGUCGUUAUUUACGUGAAAAAUGUACAGCUCUUAUGGAUCAUAUUGAUAUACUUAAAACAAAACUUGAUUCAAUUCCAUCACCUGUCACAAAUCAAGAAUCAACUAAUAAUCUCCCAGCUGAUCAAUUAGAAUCACUAAAUUUAUCGUAA